AUGGCAGCCAGCAGAGCCGCACAGAAGCGUUUGACGCGCGAGUACAAGACCAUCUCCGAGAACCCUCCGCCAUACAUCGAGGCCCAUCCCUCCGACUCAAAUAUCCUUGAGUGGCACUACAUCAUCACCGGCCCUGAGAACACACCGUACCAUGGCGGCCAGUACUGGGGAACUCUCGUGUUCCCUCCAAACUACCCCUUCGCGCCCCCAGCGAUCCGAAUGCACACCCCAUCCGGCCGAUUCCAACCAUCCACACGACUUUGCCUCUCCAUCUCCGACUUCCAUCCCAAAUCCUUCAACCCCGCGUGGGAAGUCUCCACCAUCCUUAUCGGCCUGCUUUCUUUCAUGACGAGCGAAGAGAUGACUACGGGUUCCGUUUCGAGCACUGAGGCUGAACGCAAGAUGCUGGCGUUGCGUACAAAAUGGUGGAACUCUACCGGCGGUGGUUCCCACACCAAGUCCAAUACACAAAAAGGCAACGUCAAGGCCGGCGAUGGCGGCGCUAAAUUCCGCGGCGAAUGGCCUGAAGUCGACAAGGCGAACUGGGACUGGAUGAAGGAGAAUAAGAUCGACUUCGCGACAGGGAACAAGAUCGGCGGCCCAGCAGGGGCCUCGUGCGGGCCCCAGCUCGGCAUUGGAGCUGGCAGCGGCCACCAGGCCCAGGCUGUCGUCGAUGCCGUCGUCCAGCAGCGUGACGCCGGCCGCGGCUGGCUCAACCAAAAUAAGCUCCUCGUCGCCGGCGGUCUCAUUUUCUUCUACGUCCUCCUGGCCCGAGUGCUGGGUAGCGAUAGCUGA